AUGGAACCCUCCACGCCACCGAGAAAGCACACCACCGAUCAACUGAGCACGCCACCCGGACAGACUGGGUCUUACUCUAACUUGUUCUCGCUGUCACCUCUCAGCACCAUGUCUAGCCCACGAUCCGACCAGGAGCGCCAAAAUCCUCCCGCAAUCCUUCCUAUGACCUCAAGGAUGUCGCUCGAGGACUGGAACAUGUCUCCUAAUGAUUCUCCGAAGUCCAAUAGAGACUGGAGCAUGUCGCCAGAUGACUUGUCAGUUCGAAGACAUCUGAUGCCGGAUCCUCAUUCGCCCAUGGAGGUACAAGAUCCCGAUCCUGAGGUUAUGGAAAUCGGCAGUGUUGCCCAUCGUGCAAGAUGGGUGGAACCACUGCCACUUCGGCUGCCCACUCCAUUCGCAAUCACAACGCUGCAUGAUGCAUUGCGCGUUGAACUUCCCCGAACUCCUCAUGUCUACAAAACAGGUGCCUUGACGAGUACCCGAGCGAUCCGAGAAACAGUAAUCGACCUUCACAUUCAGAACCCCCUUCAUAAGGUCGUCUACCUGCCGACACUGGUGACUUCUCUACGUGAUCUUGCUAUGGAAGAGCUCAAGAAGGUAUCCAUCAAAUGGGGGGACCUAGAUGAUGUCUUGGCGAUGACAAACUUUCACCCAUAUAAUACCUCUCAGAACUUACCGAAGGUUAUCUGGUCGGAGAAGGAUGUGGAACAUUUGUGUCAUGCAGAGUUGUUCCGACCAGCAUUGGCCGCUGUACGUGCCGUAAUCUCGAAGAAUAUCAAGGACAGCUCUAGUGUCCAUCCUUACGUUUCGUCAGCUCCGAACUUCGACGGGGUAAUUCCCGAUGGCAUGGUUGUUUUGGACAAGGUGGGACCAGAUCCAACGGUCGGAGUCGUCAUCGAGAAUAAAACCCCAUCAAUGUGGGCUGAUGGCAUGAAAUUUUCCAAACUGGAGCGCCCUACUGACGAAACACAAGAUGCACGGAUUCCUAAGGGCGCCGCCAUGAAGUUUUACUGGCCGGACAAGGUCACCGGUAAUGCACCGCAAGAAAAAGUAAUUGCUCAGGUUUGGACCGAGAUGGUCAAGACGACGUGUGAUCUCGGGAUAUUAUCGACCUCCCAAGUAACCGUUUUUCUCACACGCGGACGAGGGGAGCAUAAUGACACCCUGUACAUAUCUCCCGCCUAUUCGUGUGGAAUGUGCCCUGUUUACGCGGUAUUCUGCUGGUUUGCCAUAUCUGCGGGUGUUCUCAAGUACGAAGACCUAGAUCUACCUCCUCCGGAAACUACUUGGUGGAGUGAUAUGGUUCGUCGGGAUGCCUACAACGAGUCCCCUGGUAUAUGUGCACGGUGA